UAUAUGAUGGCACCAGAUACAUCAUGUUGUGAAGAAAGUGAGAGCCUGAAAAUAUCAGGGAACAUCACUAGAUUGUUAUUGGAUUUGAGCGAGGGUCUAAAAUACACACUCCCGGAUAUUACAACAGAACCGGACCUCUCUCCCUGGGUGAAAGAAGAAGAAGAGAAGGAGUCCCCGGAGUUACCUCCCAGUAGGAAGAAACGAAUACGAAGGAAGAAACCAAUCUCUUCGACAAGCAGUGGUGGGUUCUUCUUUAGAGAUGAGACUAUUGAGGAGACGGAGAGUGAGAGCCGGUGUUACCCGACUAGUUACAUGAACAGAUACAUCUCCCACAAGAUCAGGCCAGUACACGAGAAACCAGGUAAGAUCCCUCCGCUCCAACACUCUUACAGACUCUCUCUGAGCAAAGAGCUGACUCAACGUCCCCCACAGCCCCAGCAGUCAGGAGAUAAGACCAUAAUGACCACCCAGGCUCCCACUCUGCUGGACAAGAGCAGCCUGGCCUGGUCUGGAAACAUCGAGCAGCUCCCCCGGCUGAAAGAGAAAAAGGUGGACUCCGAGAACCAGGAGCCAACACCUGGGAUACCGGGCAGUAAUCAAGAGGUCGUGUUGCUGUGGAAUCCGAGCAAAGAAUACUACACAAACCACAACCCACGUGAUAUAUCACCCACCAAUAAGAGCCCAGAGUUACAACGUGACCACGAACUAUACGGAAAGCUGUUACCAUGUGUACGAAACUGUAGGGUCACCUGGAACCGACAAUCCCAAAUCCGAACCCCAAACCUAGAAACCGCCUCCUUACCCUCCAGGGAAGCACAGGGCUCACCGCUAGCAUAUUCCCAACGAGCUGACUUUAUGGCCCGGUCCUCCAGCGCCAGCUCCCACAACUCAGCUGUUAUCCGGACCGAGUUUAAGGGUAAACUCCAGAACUAUCUGCACAGGAGUUCGGACAGCUGUUUUAAGAAGCUGCCUUGUGGUCUGGUGUACGGGAAGAGUUUGAAGGGGUGCAGGUAUAGGAGGACCGGUAGGAAUGCUAGUGUGGAGUUGUGUGUCAGACCCGUUUAGAUGGUUAGGGGUCGUUCAC